GCGACUCGUAUUAAAGACUGUCCAGAAAGCUAGACUAUAAGGAAUUACUUACCAAAACAUGUGUGAUAAGAAAUAAUAUAAGUUUCGUCUUCGGCGUUUCUCAAAUCUUAUUAUGUGCCACGUACAAACUUGAGUUGCCACACUUUUGAGGAAUUUUGUAACUUGGGCAUGAUCGAUCAGAAAAAUAUUUAAGUGCUUGAUCAGGGAACACAAGUGAUCUAUUCAGUCUAAUAAAAUGGUACUGAUGUAUUUUCUGUUGCUGGUACUUCGAAUUUGUAGAUUGCUAGGUCCUUUUAUUCCUGAGAACGUAUAUGAGAUAGGGCCUCAUGAAUUGUCCCGAAGGGACACAUUCGCUCGACAAUUUUACACGACAUACGGAGUGAACGUUGAAGGCAAUUUUGUAUCCUCACCCAUUGGUGCGUCAAUAAGUCUUUCCAUGCUGGAUUAUGGAGUUAAUGAAAAUCUAUCGAGUGUGUUGGGAGAAAAAUUGGUUUUCAGUAAGAACGGGAUACUCCAAAAAGAAGACACGAGGGCUCUCGUAGAUGUACUCAAAUCCCCUGGACAUUCGCGAAUGAGCAGUCUAAUUUUCGCGAGUAAGGAUCUGCAGAUAAAGACGGAAUUCCGUUUCGCUAUGCGCAACAUUUUCCAAACUGGGAUUACAAAAGUCAAUUAUAGCGAUCCACAACAAGCAAUCAAUACUAUUAAUGACUGGUGGCAUGCACAAUCAAGGGGAAACAACCAUGACAUUAUCAGCUCUGAUGAUGUGAGUAACAACACGAUUUUGGUAUUUGCCAAUGUUAUUGAGAUGAACAGUUGGUGGGCAACGCCAUUGCCCUGGUUCGACAACCAAGUACGUAGUAGCUACGAUAAAGAUGGAUGUAUUCAUGAUUAUCAUAUGAUGAAUGUGUCAAAAAAAUUAAAACAUGUAAAUUUCGACAAAGUUGGAAUUUUAUUUGUCGAGAUGCCUUACAAGCAGGAAGAUCUGAGCUUAGUAUUGAUCAUGUCCAAAAAUGCAUCAGAUUGGACAAAUCUUGACCGCCAUAUUCGUCUCGACACUCUCUUCAAUAUGUCAACAAAUGCCAAUGUUAAUUUCCAUAUCCCUAGAUUCAGAAUUACCUCGACAAUCGAUUUGAUCGAUAUUUUAGGCGGAGCUGCCUUUCGCGAGGGAUUUAACAAAUUCAACAGAAUAGCUACCGAUCCCUUCAAAAUCUCCAGCAUAAAGCAAAAAACGUACAUCGAAAUCGACGAAGAAAACACCAGAGCAAUGGCUGUCACAAUAAUUACAAACGAUGAGUCGAAAAGUGAAAACCAGGAAGCUCCAGAAGCGCCCGUUGAUUUGAAAACCGACGUGCCAUUCUACUUUGCGAUUAUCAAGCGCUUGAAUUUAUCCAAAGACUUUGUUGUCCUGUUCGAUGGACAUUUCAAGAAAUUUGAUUGGUAAAUGUACAACUUAGCCCCAAGAAAUAAAUGUCAU